AUGACGCUCACCUUCUCCCUGGUUUUGCCUCUAAUUGCAGCCGCUUACAUCCCGGCUGCCCUCGGUGCUUUGUAUCAAGACCCAUCCCAAUUACCUACUAACGCUUCGUAUGACUACAUCAUUGUUGGAGGAGGUGCUGGUGGAGGCGUCCUCGUCAACCGGUUGACGGAGCACCCGGAAGUGAAGGUACUGCUCAUCGAAGCCGGGUCCAGCGACUAUACAAACAUAAACAUCGAGGUUCCCGGUUUCGAAGCGACGCUUGAAGGCUCCCAGUUCGAUUGGAAUUUCACCACUACGCCCAUGCCGGGAUAUAACGACAGGUCGAUAACUUAUGCCCGUGGAUUUGUCCUCGGAGGAUCUACAUCUAUCAACUUCAUGGCGUGGAACAGAGGCGCAAGAGACGACUUCGAUCGAUAUGCGGCUUACACGGGCGACGAGGGAUGGUCUUGGGACGCAUUGUAUCCGUAUAUGUUGAAGAUAGAGACCUUAACGCCGCCUACCGAUGGCCGUGAUACUACAGGCGACAUCAUACCCACCGAUCAUGGCGAAAACGGUCCCGUCAGAAUUAGUUUACCGGGAUAUGCUCUCCCAACAGAUGCUCUCGUCUUGAAUGCGUCGACCGAGCUGUCUUCCGAAUUCCCUUACAACGAGGACGUUAACUCAGGAGACACCAUUGGGAUAAGCUGGACGCAGUGGGAUAUUUUUGAAGGUGCCCGCGAUGGAUCAGCAAGAGCAUAUAUCGAACCUGCGCUCACUCGGUCGAAUCUCGAUGUACUGGUCAAUACUCUGGUCACAAAAGUGGUUCAAACCGGAACGGAGAAUGAUCUCCCUGUGUUUAGGGGCGUACAGUUCGCUCAGAACAACUCUGACUCGGUCUAUUCUCUCAACGCAAGCAGAGAGGUCAUCCUUUCUGCAGGCGCGGUCCAAACACCCCAUAUUCUUAUGCUCUCCGGCAUUGGCGAUCCUUCUGUCCUGUCUCAGUUCGGCAUCGAGACCACCGUGGAACUUCCAGAUGUCGGUCAGAACUUACAGGACCACGUACUUCUUUCCAUAAACUGGGCCGUAACGUCCAACAAUACGCUUCUCGACGAUCUCUCUCAGAACAGUACCUUUGCCGCGGAACAGCUCGCAUUAUGGCAGGCUAAUAGGACUGGUUAUCUCGUCAAUUCCGCUGGAAAUCAGUGGGGCUGGUUGAGAGUUCCCGAUAACGAGACAAGUGUGUACGGAGAUGGUAUCGAGGAUCCGAGUUCGGGACCUACAGCAGCGCAUUACGAGUGGAUCUUCGAGGAUGGGUUCCUUAACUUGGUCGAACCUACCCCAUCGAGUGGAAACUACUUUACCAUGCUUGUUAAUCUCGUCUCACCUGCCUCUCGUGGAAACAUCACACUCGCGUCCACAGAUCCCUUUACCCACCCCCUCAUCUCUCCCAAUAUGCUCGCUCUCGAAGAACCCUUCGACAUCCGAGCCCUUGUGUACGCCGUCAAAGCAGCUCGUCGAUACGUUGCUGCCAAAGCCUUCGACGGGUACAUCAUUGAGGAAUAUGGAUCGAGUCUUAAUGCAACCACAGAUGAGGAGAUUGAGGAAUGGAUCAGAAACACAGCUUUCACAGUGUUUCACCCUACCUGCACCGUACCGAUGGGUAAGAAUGGGAGUGCGAGUGGUGCAGGAGACGGUGCACUGCAAGUGGACUUAAGGGUGAAAGGCACGGUCGGAUUGAGAGUCGUUGAUGCUUCCAUCUAUCCGUAUAUCCCUGCGGCACACACUAUGGGUCCGACCUACAUCAUUGCAGAACGCACGGCGGACCUGAUCAAGGCUGCCGACGGCCGCUACAGUACCGAGUAGAAUGACUAUUCAAGGCCUUCGGUCUUGAUGUAUUCUCCGUUGUCUUAUGUUCGUGUACUAUACAGUGUACGGUCGGGCCGGACGGGGGAGAGCAAUUUGUUUAUAUAUCACUGGUUUGC